UUGACUGGUGCUCCUAUGGAUGCUGGACUUGUAGGCAACCCAAAUGAUUAUGUUUUCUCCCAAGCUGCACUUGACAACAUUAUCACUCAGCUGAUGGAACAAACUGCAGGUCGAACCGCACCUCCUCCUGCGCCUGAAGAUGUUAUUGAUAGUUUACCAAAAAGACCAUUGACUGAAGGAGAAUUCAAGGAUCAAGUAGAUUGCGCUGUAUGUAAGGAUGAAUUCAACCAAUCCGAAAUGGUAAUUGAAUUACCUUGUCAACAUUUGUUCCAUGAUGAUUGUAUCAAACCUUGGCUAAAGGUUAAUGGGACCUGUCCUGUAUGGUAUGUUUAG